ACUCCAAGUGGAGGUGUUUGAUGGGAUAGUGAAGAAGUAUAACAGCAGUAUAACCGGUGAUAAAAAGCCAAAGAUAUCUCUUGAUUCAACGUAAAUAAAAAAAUAAGUAAGCGUUGCGGGAGGGCGUGCCACCUGUGACGGCAGCUGAGUGGACGAGCUGCGAGUCUGCGCCUCUGUCAGUGCUGCGUGUCUUUCAGCGGGUGUUUGCGAGAGUGCACAGGCAGGAGUGUAAAGUCCACUUGGAUUAUCUGAAGCUCGAAGAAACAUACAUAUCUUUUUCUGCGCACGAAUACAGGUUCCUUCAGCGUGGCGAACAAGAGGCUGCCUGUUUUCGUCCGAGUGCGUCGGUGUGCUGUUUUGUGCGUGUGUAUUUGUGUGCAGGGGUGUAUGUGAGUCACAGGGUGAAUAUGCCAGUGUGAAUGCCUGUAUAUACAUAUACAUCCUGAACGGAGAGUGUUUGUCCCGUGAGGUGCUCGGUGGAGAUGCAGCGAGGUGUGUCCUCUGUGGUGCAGCUGCUGCUGUUGCUGGGCUGCUUGUGUGCCGUGGCAACCGGCUACCUGUUCAGGACACCCCUGGACCUGGAUGUGACUCCACGUGUCACUGUGCUAAACAGCGGUCUCCGAGGCUGCAGGCAUUUCCAGUCGUCUGCAGUCAACUACAGCACCAUGUUGCUGGAGGCUGACAGUGAGCGUCUGUACGUCGGGGCCCGUGGGGCCGUAUUCGCUCUCAAUGCCUCUGACAUCUCAGCCAGCUCUGCUCUCACUAUUGACUGGGAGGCCUCCCCGGAGCAAAAACAUCAGUGCCGGCUCAAGGGAAAAGACAAUAAGACCGAGUGUUUUAAUCACAUCCGCCUUCUCCAGAGGUUCAACUCAACUCAUCUCUACACGUGUGGUACUAAUGCCUACAGACCCCUCUGUGCAUACAUAGACGUGGAGAGAUUUGUGAUUUCGUCUCAGCCUGAAGAAGGCAGAGACAAAUGCCCCUAUGGCCCCACAACAGGUUACACUGCCCUCAUUAUAGACCAGCAGAUAUACACAGCUUCCCAGUAUGAGUUUAGGAGCUUUCCAGAUAUCCGCCGAAACUCUCCGUCUCCCACGCUGAAGACAGAAGAUGCUCCCACACGCUGGCUGAAUGAGGCAGACUUUGUGGGUUCGGUUCUCGUGAGGGAGAGUGUGGGCAGCAGUACUGGCGAUGACGACAAGAUCUAUUUCUUCUUCACUGAAAUAAGCCAGCAACAGACACCAACCUACAGCCACAGCCGGGUGGCACGAGUUGCUCGGGUUUGUAAGGAAGACCGCGGAGGCCAUUUAACUCUCCAGAAACGGUGGACGUCCUUCCUCAAGACUCGGUUGACUUGUUCUCUUCCCGAGUAUGAUUUCCACUUCAACAUGCUGCGCAGCGUGUUCGCUCUGCCUGGCCAAACGCCGCAGGACAUGCUUUUCUACGGCAUCUUUGGCCCUGAGUGGAAAAACGUGAAGGCGUCUGCAGUGUGUCGGUUCACUCUGUCUGAAGUCCAAGAAGCCUUUCAAGGACCUUACAUGGAGAACCAGGACUCUGGUUCUAAGUGGAAGGAAUACACUGGAAAGAUCCCUGACCCGCGACCUGGAACGUGUAUAACUGAUGCUCUGAGGGCCAGGAACAUGAACUUCUCCACUUCCCUGCCUGAUGAUGUUCUGAAUUUUGUCAGGAGGCAUCCUCUGAUGUCCAAGCAGGUCGAGCCUAAGGACCGACGCCCCCUUUUGUUUAGGAGGACCACAGACUACACACACAUGGGUGUGCACACGGCCCAGGGAUUAGAUGGAAAAACUUACCAUGUAUUGUACAUGGGCACAGAUGAAGGCUGGUUACACAAAGCUGUAGACAUCAAAGGUCAGCUGCACAUUAUUGAGGAGCUUCAGCUGUUUGAAGAGCCACAGCCUGUUAACAAUCUACUGAUAUCUGACAAACAGUGGAGUGUGUACGUGGGCUCUCCAUCAGGCGUGGUUCAGCUGCCACUCUCUAGCUGUGGUAGAUACACUUCCUGCUAUGAUUGCAUCUUUGCCAGGGACCCGCACUGUGCCUGGAACGGAGCAGAGUGUGUGGACGUCAUGAUGCAAGCAGACAGAUCCACAUUAAUCCAGGAUAUCCAGCAUGGCACCAAGGGAUGUGAGAACACGCAAGGCGAUGUUGUUCACCGGAACCGCUCGGUGCGGGUCGGUGAUGACGUGCUGCUGCAGUGCGAGCUCAGCUCCAAUCUGGCGACGCCCCUCUGGAUGCUGGACGGCAGACAGGUGCAGGGGUACGACCUCAACUCUGGUUUUAGAACCGGCACAGAUGGCCUGCUGAUCAUCAAUGCCCGGCAGGACCAAAGUGGCUUGUACACCUGCUACGGCGUUGAAAACAGUGUAAAGGUUGCAAUAGUUACCUACAAUGUCACCAUCCAGUUGGACCUGCACCCUCUACCGCCUGUUGAUCCAACUCAUAGCUCUACCACCGUCAGAGGCCCCAGUGAGCAUCCCCAGACAGAGAGGGGCAAGCCACCACUGCUGAGCCCUCUUCUCCCACACUCAGAUCUGCUUUCCCCCAGGAACAUGAAGGCCAUCUACCUCUCCCUCAUCACUAUCCUCGGAGGCCUGUGCGUGGUUCUCACAGUGGUUCUUAUCUAUGUGGGCUUCUGUUUGCGAGUAGGCCAAAGAGGAAAGUACUCAAUACGGGCUGCGGCUGCGGCCCACCAGAGUGGUAAGAAGCACCACAGGAACAGGAAACAGCACAGAAACUCCACCACCAUGGAGCUGAAGACCAUCUCGAGUCACUGUAAUGGCAACGGCAUUUGUAACGGAGGUUCAAAUAUGCAUAACGGCAACAUCCAGGACGGAGGCUUACUACAGAUUGUCCCUGGCGAGGGUCACACUUCACCCAGUAAUGAACCUCCUCCCCCAGCACCGCCUCUCCCCCCCACACCUCAACUUACCUCGCCGGGGUGUGACUUUUCCAACGGGCUGUCGGCAACACUGCCUAGUGUCCUGAGGAGGAUACAUGGGAACAGCUAUGUGCUCCUGAGACAGAGCGACUCUGAAAAUAUGUCACCACCUGGUUAUUCCUUUGCUGAGGAGCUCAACAAGAUCUUAGAGAAGAGGAAACACACUCAGCUGCUGCCCAGGCCGGAUGAGAGCUCUGUGUAGACAGAUGUAGCUUCCCCUAUAAUGGGCGUACUGCUAAGUGUUCUUAGCUGGUGCCUGUCACGUGACUCAUUAUUGUUGUGGUCUAAAGCAGUGAAAGGGUCAGAAAUGAGACAUUCCUAUUUUUGAACUGCUUGUCAAACUGAAUUCCCCAAUUUCCCAAUGCGCGACAAAUGAGAAGAUAAAUUCCAGUGAAGGGGCCGAGCAUGAAACAACAAAAAAGAGCAAUCUACCUCACCUCAAAACUGCCCAUAAGAACAAGUGCAGUCAGUCCCCAGUCUGAUCUGAGUGUCAUGUCUGAGCCCUCUGAUCCACAGAGCACAAAGCGGGAUGCACAGGCUCCACCAACAAGUCAAAUUGAGCCACACUGGAAUAUGAAUACAUGUGAAGAGUCGAUUCAGACCGGAGGGCAGCUAGCCAGAGUUCGUUUGAGCACAGAUGGCCUAUGCAUUUUUAAAAACAUGAAGGGAGAGAGGGGAGGGAACGUGGUGCACAAUGUUUUUGCUUUUAACUAAUUGCAAUAACCAACACAAUAUUUUACAGUAAUAUAGGACUGGAUGGCACAUAACAUUUACACCAGCCAUCAAUUGGUGAACUAAUCAUUAUUUAAUAUUAACCCUGCUUAACUAAGUAUUUCUUUAUUUACUGAUUUAUAUAAUUACUAAACACGUAAUGCACCACUUUUAGUAGAUAAUUAUCAUAUUAAUCAUUUAUAUGUAUUGUUUAAAUUGCAGAAAAAUUUAUUUGUGUUAAUUUGUUGAUAAUCCAGGUGAUGCUGUUAAUGCAUCAUAAAUGGUUAAAACAUGAAGCAGUGUGUUAGCCUUUAAUACUCCAGUUUAAUUAAUAUCUACUAAUUCCUUCAAGUAGCCAUUAGAGUCCACAUUACAUGCAAAAUUCAUGAGGGAUUAAACUUAUUAAACCCUUAGAUGAAAAUGUAUUAAAUAGUGAUUAUUUCACCAAGUACUGAUGGACAUCCCAAGAUAAUAUGUGACAGUAUUAUAAUUAUUUUAGUGCACUUUAAAUGCUAGUAAUUUUAAAGUCAUUGUUAUUAACUCUGCAACCAGCCAGCCAGAGGAAGUUUUUUUUUCUUUCCCCCCCUUGUCAGUGUGAUGAGUUGCAACUGUGCAGACCUCAGCUGUGUCUGCUGGACCUUCUCUGACACAGUGGGUCAGGAGAAAAACACUGACUGAGCCUGAAUCCACCGCUGAGUGACACCCUGCAUGAGACCGUCACACAGAAUGACAGACUGCGGGAAACAGAGUUCGCCAAGAGCGUUCCAAGGUUAAUCGUCUUUAUAUUGCACUGAUACAUCUUCUACACAGGCUGUUAGCCAAACAGGUACUUAAGGCUAUGGACCAGAGAGAUAAACACCCCUCAUUCUUUAUAUUUUGUUUUCAAGGAGCCAGACUUUGUUGUAAUUGUUUAUAAGUGGUUUUUGAGGAAUAGUUAUGAAGGUCUUCAAAGUUUUUCUUUGGGCAUUGGCUGCUUUUUUCACUCUUUCAGUCCAGUCCUUAUACAUUUUCAAAGGAAUGCUUUUAUGUUUGGUUCGUCCCUUGAAUUUGGUGUCUCUUUAUCAUUUAUAGGUCACUGUUGUCUACACAUAACAGAUAACUUAGUAAAAACACUUUUGUCUCCAUUUCUUUACUUGAAUCUAUGAAAAAUGCCAAAACACACAGCUGACAGGUGUAAAUAGUAAUUUUACACCAGCAAGGUAAUUCCCAAAGAGCUAUUAGCCAAAAGCUUGGUGUGCAAUGUGUGCCAGGAAGGGGCACAGUGAGGCUGAGGUAUACCAAAGUACGCAAGAUCUGGACUGGAAAUCAGUACCAACAGAUUUAAAAUCUUUGGUUCAGAUCAUUGUCAAUAUGUAUAGAGGAGGUCAGAACAGAGGCAGUGUCUACAGCCAUCUGUAAAACACCGUGGAGUGGAGGCUAUGUCAUGGCUUGGGGUUGCAUUUCAACCCUGGUGUUGGCAAGUUAUGAAGGCAGAAAAGUGCCAUCAGAUUUUGACCCAAAAUCCAACAAAAAGGUUUGAAUUUUUUUCCAAAGACCUGGAAAACUAUUCUUGAAGACAACUUAAGAAAAUUACAGGAAAGUUUGGCUAAGAUAGUUCAGGCUUGUCUGAGAAUCAUGGUGGUAACACCAAAUAUUGACCUUCAAGCUCACUCAUUGUACAAACUCUGUUUUUGCCCUAUAUACUUCAUUUUCAUGGAUUUUUGAAUGUUUCAAUAAACCGCUGCACCCAUUUCCCUAGCAAAGUUUAAAGAAAUGAGGUCUGGCUCAGGACUUUUGCACAGUAGUGGACACACAGUUUCUACCCACCUGUAUGCUCUAACAGCGUAUCAAUUAGAUCAGCUUGGUUAUUAAUAAUUUGUGCAGGAAUGUAAACUCACAGAUUUCCGAUUGAAAACAUAUGCUGUAAACUCAUUCACAGCUGCAUUGUCUUAUCUCGAACAAAUUACACUCUGACAGAAUAAUUCAUUUAUGGGAAUAACCCAGCCAUGCAGGAAAUUAAAACAAAUUUCUCUUGCA